UUGACAUCCGCCAGAGGCGGGAGAAGGAGCGUCGUUGCAGCACCGGCUCGGAGCAGGACAUCACGGUGGGGAACGGCGACAAUCGGCCAGUGCACGGAAAAACUGUCAGUUGUCAAUCUGUGCUUGAGGCGAAGACUCUGUAGCUCCCAUAAGUGAAUAGUGAACAUAGACUGUUCCAGUCUGCUCAACGUUGAAAAUGAAGAGGAACUCUCUGAGAUGCUCCUUGUUUUGUUACCUCAUUUUGCUGACCUGGCAAAGUAUAAUGAUGUUGCAGUGUGGCAAGCAGGAAUUUGAGGACAACCAAAGUCGCUGUGUCCCCUGCUUUCCCUGUCCUCCAGGGCAGCAGCCAGAUGAGGAAUGUGGUUACGGAAAAGGUUUUGGAAUGGUCUGCAGAAGCUGCAUGCCGAGUACUUUUAAAGAUGGCCAUGGCUUUGGCUCCUGUAAAGCCCACAAGGACUGUGCGGGUUUGAUGAAGACGUAUAGCCAUCUGGGGACAACAAUGACAGAUGCUACCUGUGGACACUGUUUGCCGGGGCAUUACACCUUGGCUGAAGAAACCUCUGGUGCAGAGAAAUGUUUGCCAUGUUCCUCUGCUCCAAUGGGAACUGUGGGAUGUUCAGGGCUUUAUUCACGAAUCCUGCGUGCGGCACGGAAUACCCAGCAUGCACAGCAGGCUGGCCUCGCUAAAUCUUCCAAUGAGAGCAAAGAGGUGGCACAAGAAGAAAAGAAGACAGAGUACGUUGUCUUUGCAUUGGUGCCAAUCUUCUGCAUCGUGGGCUUGUGCGGGAUUUUUAUCUGCAACUUCAUGAAGAAGAAGGGAUACCGCUGCAUCUCGGAAAAAUCUGAUGAGGAAACCGCCAAUGGAAAACUGGCCAUUAAUACGAUUCCCUUCAGUACAGAUGAGAGCAACGAAGACACAAUCGGCGUGUUGGUGCGGCUAAUCACGGAGAAGAAAGAAAACGCCGCAGCCUUGCAGGAGAUGUUAAGGGAGCAUGAACUCUUGAAGGGAAGUACCACCAACAAUAUGACAGAAAUCAGUAAAAAUUUAUCAGAAAGGUUUGUUCCAUUGUUGUCUAUUCCCAAACUAUGUAAACAUCAUCACAUCCACACGGUACAGACCUCUGCAACCCUGUUGGGUUCCAGCUGUACUAGGUGCAGUCAGAAGAAGUGGCCGGAACUGCUGUUGAAUCCACCUAUCAGGAACACCACCAAAUCCGUCAAAGUGGGAAACAGGGCCAGUAGGCCUGGUGAAAUCACCAUCCUAUCUAUUGGCAGGUUUCGCGUUACUCAAAUUCCUGAACAGAAGCCGAAUUUAACUGAUGGGAAAUAUCUCCCAUUGUCAAUGAAAAAUGAUUCAGGGGACAUUACCUGUGACAGUUCAAUGGACCAAAAAUCUCUGCUGGACUCAAUGAAAUGCUUAAAACACACAGACAGCCAGCAAGAGGUUGGUGACUGAGUUUAUUGAAGAUCCUGAAGUGGUCCAAGUUACCCCUGGUGUGGGCUGUAGAAAAGGUGGACAAUGCAAGCCUUGAAAAUAUGAACAUUUGAGAUAGGGAAAAAAAAAAUCCCUUUCCAAAAUACUGUGGGUUAUUAGUGCAAAAGGUGAGAAAAUGUGGUCUACCUAAAAAGAAUGCAGGGAAGCUGCCUUCGGUCAUGUGAACACAACUGGAAAACUGAGAUUCGAGGAACAAGAUGCCAUCAACAGCUGGAAUGUGUACCCUCUAAAUCACUCUCCCAUCGUUUGACUCUUGUGUUAUUUUUCAAAUAUUAACUUGUUUUGUAAAAGUUGUAACUUGAACUGCACAUAAAGGUGCUGUUUAUCUAUUUGUUGACCCUUAAUUUUCUUUUAGACUGAUUCAUUUGUUUGAUCAAGUUUCAUGCCAUCUUGUAGAUUUUUUUAUUCUAUUUUGAAGACCACCAGAGUCCUUCUGUGGAAUUAAGCUUAACAGCAUCCUUGUGAUUACACAUGUAGUACUAAGCCAUGCAGUGAACCUGAACAAGGCUAGGUUGUAGGACCGACAGCCGGCAAAUAGCAGGGAGAGUUAACGCUGCGUAAUUUUAAAGAAAAAUGCAAUAAGCACUUAGAUGUUAAGCAGCCACUUCCGAACAUAAUGUGAAAAUAUGUGAUUAAUAGGAGUGUCAACAUUCAUUUGUUGCAUUAGUUAUUUUUUAAAUAAGGACCAGCGUUUGAAGCUCUCUCAGGGUCCAACAUUACCCAAAGAACAAGUAAUGGUGACAGAGCUCUUUAAAAAAGGGACAUUCCCUAGAUGCUAUGGUAAGUAAAUCAGCUCAAAACUGGCCACCUAGCCAUUUAAAAAAUUAAAGGCAGGAACAAUGGAAAUAUCUUUUGACAUGGUCAAAGAUCUAAAUUGUUUUCUCUAUCUUUUUAAUUAUGGCAUUGUAAAGAGAUUUAAAUGUUAAAAAGCAAUAAUACCCUUUUUU